GGAAAAGGAGGAGGAAGAGGAGUUCUCUUCUGUUCUCUUACUGGACCCUGAUGCUUUUGGGAAUGAGCACUUGUGGCAGGAAGGCCCUGACUCUGCUCAGCAGUGUGUUUGCUGUCUGUGGAUUGGGGCUGCUGGGAAUUGCUGUGAGCACUGACUACUGGUUGUACCUAGAAGAAGGGAUCAUCUUGCCCCAAAACCAGAGCACAGAAGUCAAGAUGUCUCUGCAUUCUGGCCUCUGGAGAGUUUGCUUUUUGGCUGGUGAAGAACGCGGAAGAUGUUUCACCAUUGAGUAUGUCAUGCCAAUGAAUGUCCAGAUGACAUCUGAAUCAACAGUCAAUGUUUUAAAGAUGAUUCGUUCUGCCACCCCAUUCCCACUAGUCAGCCUCUUUUUCAUGUUUAUUGGAUUCAUUCUGAGCAACAUUGGACAUAUUAGGCCCCACAGAACCAUCCUGGCAUUUGUGUCUGGAAUCUUCUUCAUUUUGUCUGGAUUAUCUCUGGUUGUGGGCCUUGUCUUGUACAUCUCCAGUAUCAAUGAUGAGAUGCUCAACAGAACCAAGGACUCUGAGACUUAUUUCACGUAUAAAUAUGGAUGGUCCUUUGCUUUUUCUGCUAUCUCUUUCCUCCUGACAGAGAGUGCAGGUGUCAUGUCUGUCUACCUAUUCAUGAAGAGAUACACUGCUGAAGAGAUGUACAGGCCUCAUCCUGGCUUCUACCGCCCACGGCUCAGCAACUGCUCUGACUACUCCGGCCAGUUCCUCCACCCAGAUGCUUGGGUCCGUGGACGCAGUCCUUCAGACAUCUCAAGUGAUGCUUCCCUCCAAAUGAACAGUAAUUACCCUGCUCUGCUGAAAUGUCCUGAUUAUGACCAGAUGUCUUCCUCUCCUUGUUGAAGGACAAGAGACAACCUUACCGUUUAGGAAUGAAAAAUCGGCAGAGACCGUUAGGUCCUGAAUUUGUACUUUUUGUUAAAACAACCACUUGUAUAGGACAGCCCCUCUCUGUUUAUACAUUUAGUGAAUGAUAUUAUUACCUAGAGAUGUGGGGGAAGGGAUGGUAUUCUCCUAACAGUGCACACAUGCAGAUCUGGUAAAAGACUGAGCAUUUUGAUCCUGCAGCUGGUCCGUACACCCAGAUCUCUUGGAGGGAGAGAGAGAUAGUGGGUAUGGAAGAGAGACAGGAUCAUUCCCAAUGAAAGCUUGAAAACAGAAAGACACUAGUAGCAGGAACCAAAUAAGUAUCCUGUGAUAGGCAACAAAGGUUUGUGGAUUAGUAUCCUUUUAAUGUAAAACAUAUUACUAGAAUGAGUAGAUAUAAAUUCCUAGUGCAUAACCUUUAGAAAACUGCAGGUUGAAUCAUUUAAUGCCAUUUGUUUUUAAUGAAUUUUUGGUUACCACAUUUCAAGCCAAUAUGUCUUCGUUGAACAGCACAAUCUUGUACAUGUCUACUUAGAUGUAAAUCCCAUUGCAUUCAGUGGAAUUUACUGUCAGUUCAGUGGGUAUGGGAUUGCAAUGUAAGAAUACUUCCUCUCAUCUAUAUUGCAUUAUCAAAUAAGUCUGGGGUUUGCACUGGGAAGCAGACAAUUAACUCUCCCCAAUAAUCACUUUCCAGCCUGAUUCUGCUAGGCCUCCUUCCAAUUUGGCAGUUUUGCAAUUAGGUCAAACCUUCUGGCACUGCAAGUGCAAUUUCUUGAAAUAAAGUGCCUGGUGCUCUGCUUGUAUAAAUUAUUUUUCUCUCUCCUGAUAUCACAUUCAAAAUAAUAUAGAUUUGAUACUAUAAAAAUGAGUUAAAAUCCAUUUUGCUCAUGUCAUGUAGACCAACAUCUCAAUUGCCCCAUUCAUAUCUGACUGAGCAGAGUUUAUGAUCAUUUAUAUCCCUCCAAAAUCAAGCCCAAAUUCUGUGGCAUGACUUUUUGUUAAUUUUAUGGUUUCCCUUCUUUUGGACAAUUUACUUUCUGACAGAACUGCUUGUGUUGUUCAAUUUCUAACCCAGAGGAUUGAGUAGUCAUGUAGCAUUCAGCUCUUCUCUUUGUAAGUAAAGUAUGCAGAAAAGAAAGGCUCAUAUUUAUGUUGUAUCAUGUGUAUAUAAUAACCUGUUUGAAGAAUAACUAGAUUGUUAAGAGAAAUGCAUUCUGUGUAUGUAUUUGUAUCCCUAUCUACAGUAUCUAUCUAUCUAUCUAUCUAUCUAUCUAUCUAUCUAUCUAU